GUUUGGAGUGGGAAACGCCGAUUUGGCACUCAUAAAUACACGCCAAUUUGGCACUCAUAGUCUUCCUUUCCUCGGAUCACAUCCAUUUCUACAGAGAAAAGAAAGAGACAUGGAAUCGGACGAAAUUGAACAUCGUCAAUAUCUCUGAUUUGACAUUCAGUUUCUGUAAUAGUACAAGUGAGCAGAGCAGAGAAAGUGGAUUGCAAAACGUGCUUCAGCCCUGGUUGUACCAGAUACUUCGUGCUAUAGUGGAAUCGAAGGUUUAGCUUGUGUAAGGUGUAAUUUCCGAAUAAUCAGACUCUGUUUCUUCGUCAUCCUUUUGUCUUCUUCGUCCAAAAUCCUCACGAAUUUCAUGGCGUACUCGUGCCAAAAAGUCCAGGAAAUUGUUGUUACCCUUUUCCAAUUGUUGUAAAAGUAGCAAUCCCUACGAUUUCUAGUUCUUGAUCUGUACGUGAGAGUGAGCGGGGGAGUUCUUCGCGAUGGGCUUUUUGCUUAUUGGGUCAACAGGUCCUCCGAUCAAACGAAGAGCGGGUUUGCGGAUAAAACAAGCGGGACGAGGUUCAUAUCGGGGGAGUUAGGAAGGGUUUUCUUUUGGGAUAAUUUGGUUGAGUGUUCUUUUUGGUAUUACUAGAGCUUUGUGAUUUUCUUGAGAGUCAAGUAAUGGGGACUACUGCUUUGAGGCUGUUAUUGAAGAGCCUUUGCAGCAAUUCGCUUUGGAAAUAUGCAGUUUUUUGGAAGCUUAAGCACCAGAGCCCGAUGAUUUUGACCUGGGAAGAUGGGUAUUGUGAUUAUCCAAAACCGAGAGAAUCUCUGGACAAUAUAUCAGAUGACAUUCACCUUGAAGAUGUGAAUGAGAUAUAUUCUUCAAGUUGUGAAACAAAUGAACGGGAUGGUGGUGGACGGGGAUAUCCAAUUGGACUAGCGGUAGCUGAUAUGUCAUGUCGUCAGUAUGCCUUGGGAGAGGGGGUUGUCGGUGAAGUUGCAUAUACAGGGAGCCAUCGCUGGGUUCUCUCUGAAAAUAAUUUUACUAUCGAAUUCAACUCUAAGGUAGUUCCUGAGUGUCCAGAUGAAUGGGUACUUCAAUUUGCAGCAGGUAUCAAGACUAUUUUGCUGGUACCUGUACUUCCACAUGGAGUUCUACAGCUAGGCUCAUCGGAAUGGGUUGCUGAAGAUCUGGCCAUGGUUGCAUAUGUCAGAGAUAGAUUCAACACCCUUCACAAUGUUGCAGGGAUUAAUAUACCUGUCACCUCAAACGGGGAUAUUUUAGCUCAAGCAUCAUCACUGCAGUCCCUUAUCCUAGAGAAAUUAGAUGAGCCCUCAGCUAUAACCAUAAGCCAGCUGAAAGCUGAUUUGAAGGCUUUUGACUGCAUUAGACCUAAUAAAAACAAAUUGUCAACUUUAAAUGAAGUUGUGCCAGCAUCAACAGUUCAAGAUGCAAUUCAGGUAUCUGGAACAGAUCUUCCAGGAAUUAUUGGUGGUGCAAGUAAAAAUCUGAUUGGUGUUCCACCAAAUUACCCCAUUGGCAGACCAACUGCUCUGCGCCAAUCUAUAAAUGGCAUCCAGAUGGAUAUGUUAGAGACUAAGUUGUUUGGAUUGUCCUGUCUGGAUAAAUCACAGGCUUAUGCUCAAUUGAACAACUACAAGAUGGGGGAAUUUGAAGAACCUUCCUAUGGAGUCAAUCCUUUCUCUACAGGAUUCACAACAGAACAGCCGUUUGGAGACACAAGUGCUAAUGAUACAUGUCAUAAAAGUGUCGGCAGUUUCUCUAGCUUUCCCGUAGAUUCUGAGCUACAUGAAGUACUUGGACCAGCUUUUCAGAAACACACCAAUGAAUACCUUUGUGACUCAUCUUUCUCAGUUGAGGAUUCAUGUCGCAGCUCAAGUUUAAUCCGCAAUUUAGAUCUCUUUAAUGGCACUGAGUCAUCAUGGUUUUCCAAAGGCGACGAUGCGGAUUAUCUCUUGCAAUCUAUAGUUGCCAGUGUAUCUAGCUAUUUAGAUGAUAGUGUAACUAAUAGAUCUAAUAGUGUUAGAUCAGCUACAACCUUGUCAGGACAAUGUGCUGAUUCCUUCCAGUCACGAGGACAGUCUGAAGCAAGUGCCUUAAUGAAUGAUGAUUCAGCUCCAUGGAGACAUUUCAGGUCACCGUUGGUUUCCGGGGACAGAAGUGGCUUGACUGAUUCAGUUUCUCUCAAUAAUAUGAGUACAUUGAUUGAUAAAAAGCAGCAAGAAAAACUCAAUGGCUCUACGCAGCCUAGGAAGGGAACCAAGUGGUCCAACGUUAGCAAAAGACGAGCCAGAGUUGAUGAAAACCGAAGGACAAAACCGAGGGAUAGACAAAUGAUCCAGGAUCGGCUCAAGGAGCUCCGACAACUAGUCCCAGAUGGUGCAAAGUGUAGCAUUGAUGGUCUCUUAGAGCGAGCCGUAAAGCAUAUGCUGCAUUUAAGAAGCGUUACUGAGCAGGCCGAAAAAUUGAGGAUAUUGGCGAAUCGAACGGUGGCUAACCACGACAAGUGUGGAUCAUUUGAAACCAAAAAUGGUGGUCAAAACGGGACUAGCAUGGCUUUUGAAUUGGGCAGCGAACUUCAGUUAUGCCCCAUACUCGUGGAAGAUCUUGAAUAUCCUGGUCACAUGCUGAUAGAGAUGCUAUGCAAUGAGCAUGGGCUGUUCUUGGAGAUUGCCCAGGUGAUUCAAAAUCUGGAUCUCUCCAUCUUGAAGGGUACAAUCGAAUGUCAUUCAAACAAUACCUGGGCUCAUUUCAUUGUUGAGGGUCCAAAGGGCUUUCAUAGGAUGGAUGUUUUCUGGCGUCUGAUGCUUCUUUGGCAGCGUAAAAGUCAACCGAUCACAACCAAGUGUUGAACCAUUCAUGGCAUUAGACGGCACGGAUCUAACGAACACUACUACAACUACAAGGAUUUAUCAUUUAUUGUUUGUGUACAACAUCAUGCACUUCUUUGUGUUCUGUUAACGUUGGACUACCCCCUAAAAGAAUGAAAACGUGCAAACGUGCAUGCAUGACAAGACCUUUAUGUACGUACAUCAUACAUUAUAAAAAGAACCCUAUUUAGUAGUUAAGAACA